AGCACGGAAACUCAGCAAAGGAGCGAGAGUGCGUGUGUUUUGGGAGGGGGGGAGUCGCACUAUAAAUACAGAAAACUGAACCGCAACCAACGGUGCUGAUAAGCGUAAAGCCAAAAAGCUCUCCCUCUCUGAUCAAACUCUCCCUUCUCUCCUCUCUUUCUUAUCCAGCGUCCGAUCCCUCUCUCCAAAAAAAAAACAAUUCCACCAAUCACCUCUCGUUUCUCAGCGCGCGCCAAAUACAAAACGAAACACACCUUUCUUGCUCUCUCUCAACAGGUGCAGUGAUCUAGGGUUUUUUUUUUUUUUCUGGCCGGAGAUGGCGGAGGCGCCGACGAGUCCGGCGGGCGGGAGCCACGAUAGCGGCGGCGAGCAGAGCCCGCGCUCGUCCGGCGUGCGUGAGCAAGACCGGUACUUGCCGAUCGCCAACAUCAGCAGGAUCAUGAAGAAGGCGCUGCCUGCCAACGGCAAGAUCGCCAAGGACGCCAAGGACACGAUGCAAGAAUGCGUCUCCGAGUUCAUCAGCUUUAUCACCAGCGAAGCAAGCGAUAAGUGCCAGAAGGAGAAGAGGAAGACCAUCAAUGGCGAUGACUUGUUGUGGGCAAUGGCAACGUUAGGGUUUGAAGAAUAUAUUGAGCCGCUUAAGGUGUACCUAGUUAGGUACAGAGAGUUGGAGGGUGAUUCCAAAGGAUCUGCUAGGGGUGGAGAUGCAUCUGCUAAAAGGGAAGCAGUUGGAGGUCUGACUGUUCAAAAUCCACAGUUUGGUCUUCAGGGGCCGUUGAACUACAUAAACUCCCAAGUAAUUCUCUCUUUCUAUCUGUUUCUGUCUGUGUUGCCCUUAAAAAAAGAAAAGAAAAAAGUAACACAUAUAUGUGGUAUUUCUCUGGAGAAAUGA